AUGUCCAGUGAAAGAGCUUGCAUGCUAUGUGGUAUAGUGCAGACCACAAAUGAGUUUAAUAGAGAUGGAUGCCCAAAUUGUCAGGGUAUAUUUGAAGAGGCAGGCGUUUCCACUAUGGAAUGUACCUCGCCGUCAUUCGAAGGCCUGGUUGGAAUGUGCAAGCCCACAAAAUCGUGGGUAGCAAAAUGGUUGAGUGUGGACCAUAAUAUCGCGGGUAUGUACGCCAUCAAAGUCGACGGUAGGCUGCCAUCCGAGGUUGUCGAGCUGCUGCCUCAUUACAAACCGAGAGAUGGUAGUCAAGUUGAAUAG